AACGAUUUUCAAAGUAAAAAAAUACGCACAGCGAAGCGCACACGUCGCUCUCCCGGCUGCGCUGCGACGAAAGCGUCCAAGAACUGUUCCCGACCAAUUGCUGCCUGUGUGUGUGUUUUUUUUUGGUGGCUCCAGUGCAAGCUUAACACAGUGAAACAGUGUUGAAAGUGGUGCAAAGUGCAAUAUCGAGAAAAAUUAAUCUAGAAAAAAACGAGCUUAAAACACAAUGCUAACGAGCGCUUGCUAAGGAAAGCGUUCGGUUCACUGUUUCACCGUUUGUAGGCGUUUUUUUUGCUUCGUAGUGUGUGUGUGUGUGUGUGUGUGUGUGAAGAUGCAGUGAAUGUUGCCGUGCAUGAGAGCAUCUUGGGUUUUGUGCAAAAUAAGAAGAAAAAUAUGUAAUUUACCUAUUAUCCAAUAAGAAAAAGCGUUAAAAAUCAUCCUUCUUAAGAGUUCCCCACCUCCAGUAAGAACGGGCAAGUGUAUGUGGGUCGCGUGUCCCCCCCUGAUCAUCAACGGCAGCAUCACCGUCAUCAUCAGCAUAAUGCACAUUCCAGGGUAAUUAUGCGAAGGAAAAGCCGUCGCUCGAAGCUCUCGAACGCAGCGCGAAACGGAUCGGUCGUGGAAGUGCCAGCACGAUGAUGGGGUAAACAACAGUUCACACAACAACCCUCGGUGCCCCGUUUACGCAAAUGAAGCUGUCCCCUGGAAUGUCUCUGUGCGGGAAAAGAGAGUGAGAGAGAAAGAGGCCACUGUGAUUGGGAAAGAGGCAAGAGGUGUUUUCCAUGCCUAUGCAAUAAGAAUCGAUACACAAGACGGGACGGGGGUGUGCAAGAGAAAGAGAGAGAGAGAGAGAGAUGGAAUGAUUAAAUGUGCAAUAAAGUGAUAGGAGAUAACUAAAUAAAAAAAAAACGGCGCAAAGCAAUGCAAGCAAAGCCUACUCGAGGUGGCCCUUUAACUAUCUAAGCUGUCUGUAUUUGUGUGUUGUGUGUGUGUAGGUGGGCCUGGGAAGUGUUUCCCACUGUGAAGGUCGCCUUUCAGGUGUGUGUGUGUGCGUGUUAGUGUGUGUCUUGAAAAAACAAGGAGGCUGUGUCCGAAAGUACACAACCAUAAAAAGGUGAAUCCUUAGUUUUUGGAAAGGGUCCGAAAAGAAGAAGAAGAAACCCGAAAAAAAGCCUUUUGAGUGUUGUUUUCCGAAGAAUUUCCAAGUGCCCUCGCUAGUUAUGCGCGUCUAGAGUGCGUUCCGUGUGUGUUGGUGGUGGUGGUGGUGGUAGGAAAAGCAACACAGCAGAAAAAAAAGGAUCGGAAAAGAAGUGCCAGAAGUACAACGAAAGAAGUACAUACGAAAACACGCGGAAAGGAGAACGGCCGGAGAAAGGAAGGGUACGGGCCGCAACAUGGACGAACGGUUGCUGAACGAUCUGCUGGAAUGUUCCGUCUGUCUGGAACGGUUGGAUUCCUCCUCGAAGGUGCUGCCCUGCCAGCACACCUUCUGCCGGAAGUGUCUCGAGGAAAUCGUUGCCAGCCACCAAGAGCUACGAUGUCCCGAGUGUCGCGUCCUGGUCGAGGUGCGAAUCGACGAGCUGCCCCCGAAUGUCCUGCUGAUGCGAAUACUGGAAGGCAUGAAGACGGCGGAACUGAACAGCCAGAACACGAGCCAGACGACCAACGGCAGCAGCAAACCCACGUGCAAUCGCAAUCAAUCACAUGGCGCCGCACCAACGUCGAACGCAAAUGCGGUCAACUAUCAGCAGCAGCAGCAGCACCAUCAACACCACCACCAGCAGCAACAUCCAUCAUCGGGGGGCGUGCAUGGUGCUAAAAUAGGCAAAUCGUCCAACGGCCAGGGUACGGCCGACGGCCAAGCGCAGCACCCGCACCAUCCAUCGCAUCCGCAGCAGCAGCAGCAUCAUCACCAUCCGCAUCAGCCACUGUCGCGUAUUAUUGCGUCGAGCGGUGUCACUGGCGCGGGCCCGAAUGCAUCGCUCGAUCUGUCGAAAAUCCCACACGCCAAAGCGUUUUACGAUUUUUCCUCCAGCGAGACAAGCGAUAUAAGCUUCCGCAAGGGUGACAUUAUUAUACUGCGGAAGAAAAUCGACCACAACUGGUGCGUGGGAGAGGUGAACGGGAAGGAGGGUGCGGUGCCGCUGAACCACAUCAAGGUGAUCGUGCCGCUGCCGUUCCCGCAGUGCAAGGCGCUGUACGAUUUUCGCAUGGGCCCGACGGAGGAGGAGGGCUGCCUGACGUUCAAGAAGGGCGCCCUGAUACACGUGCUGCGGCGCGUCGACCAGAACUGGGCGGAGGGCCGAAUCGGGGACAAGAUUGGCAUCUUUCCGAUCUCGUUCGUCGAGAUGAACGGGCUGGCGAAGCAUAUGAUGGACACGGCACUGAAGCACAUAUUGAACAACUCGAAUCGAACCGUACCGCCGACACCGUUCGAUCUGAACGCCAGCAGUGCCACCAGCAGCAGCGACACGAGCUCCAGCGUAACGACCAGUCCCAACUCUUCCACCAGCACGACCAGCUCCAACUCGAGCACCGCGCCCAGCAGCCCGACGGCUCACUUCCUGCAGCAGCAGUCCCAGCCCGCCGCGGCGGUCGGCAGCAAGCAGCACCAGUCGAAGCGCUCCGAUCCGGCCAAUCGGGAAAAGCGUCACUCCCUCACCACGUCCGGGCUGUCGACGACGGCGACCGGUGGACCGUUGCAGCCGAGCCAGGCCGCACCGCACCGACAUUCGACGGAAAUGUUAAACACCGAAGCUGCUGCUGCUGCCGGAGAUGCAAAACCGUCCCGCCAAUCGGUCGAUGCGACGACGGCGGCUGCGGCAGCGCCAACGACGUCCACGGCCCCUGCCACGGGCUACCAGAAGUGUAACGCGACAAAAGCUAGUCAAAUGUACCAGCAGCAUCCGCAGCUGCCGACGAUGUACGUUGCGCUCUACCCGUACAAGCCGCAGAAACCGGACGAGCUCGAGCUGAAGAAAGGAGCCGUCUACUAUGUCACGGAACGGUGCCAGGAUGGUUGGUUUAAGGGUACAAACUGGCAGAAGAAGUCGGGCGUUUUCCCCGGCAAUUAUGUUGCCAUCCACAAGGGCCGUGAUGGUGCUUCGUCUGCGACGCGCAACGCGAAUGCCCACUCCUCCGGCAAGAUGAGCAACAUCUCCAGCCCGCAGCAGCAGCAGGCGGCCGGUGGUGGUGCAUCGUCCGCCCUGAACGGUUCCAACGGUGCCAUGAGCAGUCCAUCCAACGGUGGAUCGGCCUCUCCCCAGCAGCAUCAACCGCUGCAGCUGCCCGAGCUGCCGCCACGUAAUACAACAAUACCACAGCAGCAGCAGCAGCAGCAACAGGGCAUGAAAUAUAUUGAUUCCAUCUUCGGUCGUCAAGGUUCGCUGGACGGUGGAGGACCCGGUUCGCCGAACAACGAGCAGCAGCAGCAGCAACCGGGUGCAGGGCAGGAGGCCACCACGACACCGCCGGCAGCGGGCGGCGGAAAGGUAAAGAAGGACUCGUCGGCGGUCAGUUUGAUGAAGCGGCUGACCAACAUGAAGCGUUCGAAAUCGCCUACCGGUGGCUGUUCGGGCGGUACGGCCAAUCCGGCGUACACGAGCGACAGCUCGCUGUUCGAGGAGAUGGCCGGGGCGGCGGAUGCGGCAAUGCUCGCGUCCGGCGUUGGCUCAGCAGCACAGCUGGCCAAGCCACACUUUAAACAGAUCGCCAAUCCAGUGCACGUGAGGUCUGGUUCCUGUCCAAGUCAGCUGCUUCAGAAUUUACCGAUGGAUUUGAUGCUGAAUGGAGCGGGCGUAACGCACUCUUCCCAGCAGCAGCAGCAGCAUCUCCAUCAACAGCAGCAGCAACAGCACCACCAUCAACCGAAUCAUCCCGCUCUGGCAGGAGUGCGCGGUGAAAACGUUCCAAUGAUGUACGGAUCCCAGCGUAUAAAACCGCACAAAGAGCGACCAUCGAUGCAUGGGUUCAAGUAUGGCGAUCAUACCGUGGUGACGGCCAUGCCCAAACACAUCGCGCAUGAAGCGCCCGCCUCAACGUCCUCCUCCCAUAUGGUCGCGAAGCAGCAGCAACAGUCCCACAUCUACCACCGGAAGUCCCAAAGCCUGGACGCGUCCGCAAUCAUCUCGCAGCUCGGCCCAUCGCAGCACACGUCCGCCACUGCUACCGUGGUCCCAACAGUGGCCGCUAAUGGAACACCUUCCAAAACAUCCUCCAAGUCGUCCCACUCGCAAACCGUUCGGGAGAGAUUCAAAUGCAUCGUGCCGUACCCACCGAACAGCGAGUAUGAGCUGGAACUGCGCGUCGGCGACAUUGUGAUGGUGCACAAAAAGCGUGAUAACGGAUGGUACAAAGGAACGCACGCGCGGUCGGGCAAGACGGGCCUAUUCCCAGCGUCGUUCGUCGAACCGGACAUCUGAUACGGUGCGGACAAGCACUACGGUGCCGUCCGGCAAGUACAACAGCAGCAACUGUGGAACAACUAAAGUGCAACACAUGUACCUUCGAGGAUGGUUCGAGAAACCCCCUGAAUUGCUUUUCCCGAACUUUCUUUCGGACCCGUUGGUUUGGUGAAAUGAAAAUGGUUGAAUUAUAUUUAGGUGCUUGUUUGCUGAGAGCAUUGUCCGGACCACCUUAGCAAAGAUGAUAUAGUCGAUCGCGAAAUCAAACAAAGAACUGAGAUGAGUGUGAGCGAAGCGCAUAUUCCAGUACGCGGUACUCUCUACGCAAUAGUAGCAUUUAAUAGAACAGUAUUGUGUUAUACUUAUACACCGGUCGUCGGUUACGAUCUUCCAAUGAACUCCUCACAUAUGCAUGACUGUUACAUUUUACUGUUGAUCGGCGCGUGAUGAUCGGUUAGUCUAAAAUCGUUUGAUAUCUUGAUUGUAAAUUGAAUCUCUCUCCCUUUCUUUAUGCUAAACUAAACUCCCGCCAUGACCCAGCGAUCGGCGAUAUAAUAGGUGCUUUUUUUACAUUUGUUUCCCUCCCAUCAAAUGCAAUUUUUUUUGUGUGAGUAAUUUCUUUCGACGGUGCUGAGAUGUUUUACGAUUAGUUUUUCAUAGUUUUUCAUGCUAGGUGUAAGCAAUUUUAAAAAUUAUUUACGCUGUAUUAUUAGUUCGCCAUACAUCUUAAACGAGACUUUAUUGUUUCUAUUAACAAAAAAAAACCUUAAUCCGUAUACUAUUAUGCUAACAAUUUUUAAUUGAAUAGUUUUAUCUCUUUUUUAAAUUGCAUAUUGCAGCGGUAAGGUGGUGCAGAAUCACCCGGUGUUUCUUUAAGGCUAUUAAAUACUCAGCUCAAUAUACUAUCAAACAGGCAGGAUGCGGUAAUAUCUAUCAAAUAGAUUGCAAUCGCUUUCGGCAAAACGCAACAGCCAUGGGCAAAGGAAGGGAUAAUUGUACAGAUUUAUUAGGAG